AUGCACUACGUACCACAAAUCCUGACCUCACUAUGCAUCCUGAGCUGGCAUCAGGUGCAUGCGGCACCGGUGAAAGCACAUUCCUCCGGAGGAGCAGAACAUAUUGUCUUCAUCAACAAGGACCACCCGAUACCGCCGCGAGUGGAAGAUGUCCUAGAACGUCUGGCCCUCAACGACAAGCACCCCGAUGUGCGACGGGUGUUCAACAACAGCCAGUUUCAAGGCUUCGCUGCAUCGAUGCAGUCGCACUGCUUGGACUCUCUCGGCAAGAUGGCCGACAUCUCCAUCGUUGAGCCGGCCACUACUGUCGCCAGUGCAGGUAUGAACGUCCGGCCCAACGCACCCUGGGGCCUACAGCGUAUCUCGACGUCAUCCACUGUCCGCGGCAACGACAAGUCACUUGACUACACCUACUCCUUCUCGAACCAGCAGCUCGGCGGUGGAGCAGACAUCUACAUUGUCGAUACCGGCAUCUACACCGCCAACAACAUCUUCGGAGGAAGAGCGAAAAUGCUCUGGACCUUCGAUGGCGACAUGACCGACAACGACGGCCACGGCACACAUGUGGCGGGCACAGCAGGCGGUUCCAUCCUCGGCGUCGCCUCCAACGCUAACAUCUUCGGCAUCAAAGCCCUCGACAGCGACGGUGGAGGCUGGUCAUCAGACGUCGUCGCCGGCAUCGACCAAGUGAUCAAAUACCACGACCAGCGCAAAUCCUCCGGCCAACCCUUCCUCGGCUCCGUCAUGUCCAUGUCCCUCGCUUCCACAGGCGAAGUCGGCGCCAUGAACUCCGCCAUCCAAGCCGCCAUCGCCGCGGGCGUGCACACGGUCGUCGCAGCCGGCAACGAAGGCGACGACGCCUGCGAUGCCUCGCCCGCCUCCAACGGCGGCUUGAACGGCCCUGCCAUCACUGUCGGCGCAGUAGACAUGGACACCCACCGCGCGGACUUCAGCAACUACGGACAGUGCGUCGACCUCUACGCCCCCGGCGUCAGCAUCAUCAGCUCCUGGAUCGGCGGCCCGAACAUGAUCAACACGCUCUCCGGCACGUCGAUGGCGACACCGCACGUCACUGGGAUCGUGGCGUACGCGAUGGCGAACAAGACGCUUGCGGCGGAUCCGCAGUUGAUGAAGGAGUGGGUGCGGAUGACGGCGUUGUAUAUGGGGGAGGAUGGGGUGUUGUUGGCGAACAACGGCGUGCAGGCGGAUGAGGGGCAGGGGUUGGUGGGGUUUGAUAGGAUGACCGCGGCGGCUUUUGAGGAUGCGAGGGAUGAGAGGCCGGUGAGGUCGAAGAAGAAGUGGAGUAAGAAGGGAGGUAGGAAGGUCGGCAGGAAGGGGGGCAGGAAGGGAGGCAAGAAGGGAGGGGUUGCGAAGAGGAUGAGUGAGGUGUGGGAUAGUGUUGUGGAGAGUGUGGGGUUGUAUUGA